CCGUCGAGGUUCCUCCUGCCGUCCCUCCUGCCAGCGGCGGUCGCUACAGCAGCAGCAGCUCACAGCAAAACUUGAAUCUUUUGGCUCAGCCUACAAGACUUGCAAACUCUUACUGCACCCCCCCCCAUUAGGAGACUUUUCCCUCUGGUUGCCCUUCCUUCCUCUCACCCCAUCCUCCCUCCGCCCCCAUCCUCCCCACUUUGGAAAAUUUAAAGGCUUCUUUUAAGCACCUUUUUGUAAUCCAAGGGACGUGACACCCCAGAGCUCCAACUACCUCAGCUGAAUUCUACUUUUGUUUUUAUUCGUCCCUUGCUUCCUCUUGUUUUCCUCUCAUCUGAUUCAUCUGCGAAGUCUGAUGCUUCUGCCAGAGGGGGCGAGGAAUAAAUAGAUGCUGCUGCCCCAGAAGGCUUAGACGUCGGGAAAGGGCGGCCAGAGCGGCAGUGGCUGCAGGGGCGGCGGCGGCUGGGGCUCGGCGGAGCUCGUGGGACCCCAUUGGGGGAAUUUGAUCCAAGGAAGCUGUGAGAUUGCCGGGGGAGGAGAAGCUCCCAGAUCAUUGUAUCCACUUCCAGUGGGGAGGAGGAGACCGCGGAGCGGGCCUCUCGGCGUCCUCGCCACCGUUGCCCCUGCCCCAUCCUGCUGGGAUCAUGGUGUGCGGCAGCCCCGGAGGGAUGCUGUUGCUGCGGGCCGGGCUGCUCGCCUUGGCGGCGCUCUGCCUGCUCCGCGUGCCCGGAGCCCGGGCUGCAGCCUGUGAGCCCGUCCGCAUCCCCCUGUGCAAGUCCCUGCCCUGGAACAUGACCAAGAUGCCCAACCACCUGCACCACAGCACCCAGGCCAACGCCAUCCUGGCCAUCGAGCAGUUCGAAGGUCUGCUGGGUACCCACUGCAGCCCGGACCUGCUCUUCUUCCUCUGUGCCAUGUACGCGCCCAUCUGCACCAUUGACUUCCAGCACGAGCCCAUCAAGCCCUGCAAGUCUGUGUGCGAGCGGGCCCGGCAGGGCUGUGAGCCCAUCCUCAUCAAGUACCGCCACUCGUGGCCGGAGAGCCUGGCCUGCGACGAGCUGCCGGUUUACGACCGCGGCGUGUGCAUCUCUCCCGAGGCGAUUGUCACUGCGGACGGAGCGGAUUUUCCUAUGGAUUCUAGUAAUGGAAACUGUAGAGGGGCAAGCAGUGAACGCUGCAAAUGUAAGCCUAUUAGAGCUACACAGAAGACCUAUUUCCGAAACAAUUACAACUAUGUCAUUCGGGCUAAAGUGAAAGAGGUCAAGACCAAGUGCCAUGAUGUGACUGCAGUAGUCGAGGUGAAGGAGAUUCUGAAAGCUUCUCUGGUAAACAUCCCGAGGGACACCGUUAACCUUUAUACCAGCUCCGGCUGCCUGUGCCCGCCACUUAAUGUUAACGAGGAGUAUAUCAUCAUGGGCUAUGAAGAUGAGGAACGCUCCAGAUUACUGUUGGUGGAAGGUUCUAUUGCUGAGAAAUGGAAGGAUCGACUUGGUAAAAAAGUUAAGCGCUGGGAUAUGAAGCUCCGUCAUCUUGGACUGAAUAAAAGUGAUUCUAGCCACAGUGAUUCCACUCAGAGUCAGAAGUCUGGCAGGAACUCUAACCCCCGGCAAGCACACAACUAAAUCCUGAAAUGCAGAAAGAACAUUAGUGGACUUCCUAUUAAAAUUGCGUUGCUGGACUAGCAAAGGAAAAUUGCACUAUUGCACGUCAUAUUCUAUUUUUUUUUAAACCACAAAAGCCAUGUGGUAACUGAUAUACUUUUAUUUUCUCUUGUUUUCUGCUUUUCUCUUCCCUUCCUCUAUCCCCUUUUUUGUGGUCUGAGUGCAGAUCCUUAAAUAUAUUAUAUGUAUUCUAUUUCACUAAUCAUGGGAAAACUGUUCUUUGCAAUAAUAAUAAAUUAAACAUGUUGAUACCAGAGCCUCUUUGCUGGAAUAAAUGUUAAUUUACUGUUCUAUACCUGGACUGGAAAUGCAAUAUUGGACGCAAACAGAGAAAGCUAAAUAUGCUGUGCAGCAUAGUUGGCUGAUGUAAUUACAGCCUCAUUUUCUCAUGCCUUUUGGGUAUUCUCAUGCGUAGGAAGUUCUACAUGUUUAUAAAUGUAAAAUAGCAGUUUGAAAUCAAAUGCCACACAGGCAAAGCAAUCAAGCACCAGGAAGCAUUUAUGAGGAAAAGACACACAAGAUGAAUUAUUUUCAAGAUUGGCAGGAAGCAAAAUAAAUAGUGUUAGGAGUUGGGGAAUGAACAUUUUGCCAGACUGAGAAGCACAACUGAAACCAGUAGCUGUUGGGGCAUUAACAGCAGCAUUUAUCUUUUGGUAAUACAUUUUAUUUGUUUAUGAAUAUAUUAAUCAGCAUUAGGGAAGUGAAUUAUAACUAGACAUCUGCUGUUACCAGCAUAGCUCUGUUUCAUUUGCUUCCUUUUAAAUAAACCCAUUGGUG